AUGUUUGCUCGACAAGUUUUUGUUCAUACAGCACAAAACGAAACAACUUUAAAUGGGUUAAAAAUAGGUCGCAAUUUUUACAAAUUUAACAUCAACUCUCUUUUAGAAUGUUUUGUAAAGUACAACAUUCGACUCAAUUCAAGUGUUUCUACGAUAAUUCAUCAAACACAGAAACUUUCCAUUAAUAAAGAUGAAGAUGAAUCGUUCAACACUUCUAAUGCCAAUUCGAAAUCUUCAGUUAUACAAGCAACUAAACCAUCAUUAUUCAAACAAAUGAAAUCUUCAACAGAAAAAAAGUUGUCAGUUGAAGAAUUAAAAGAAAAAACUGCAAGAAUAGCAUCAAUGUAUAAGAAUCAAAUCGAAUUAAAGGAAUGGACUGAAGAAGAAACAAAACUUUUGCUUAUGGCAUCCAAAAUUCAUGGAAAUCGUUGGAAAUUUAUUAAUAGACAUUAUUUUAAUUAUAGAACAUUACAUUCAAUAAAAUGUAAAUGGUAUAGAGAAAAGGUUAAAUAUGAAAAUAGUCAUAAAACAAUUACAUCAAGAUGGACACCGGAAGAGGAUGAUCUAUUAAUAAAAGGGAUUGAAAAAUAUGGUAAAGGUCAUUGGAGAAAAAUUUCAAGGAUGUUACCAAAUAAAGAAGAUUUGCAAGUAUUUAGGAGAUAUAAUUUUAUUAAUUAUACAAAACGUGGAAAUUUUACAGAGGAGGAGGAUAAUUUAUUAUGUGAUCUAUUAAAAAAAUAUGGUGGAAAUUAUUGGCAAAAAAUUGCAGAUGAAAUGAAUAGACCUGUUUCCACAAUUAUAAAACAUUAUAAUAUGGUUUUAUUAAAUGCUGCGAAAUUUCCAAAUUGGACUGAUAAGGAAAAUGAGUUAAUUAGAGAUUCUAUCUUAAAAUAUGGUAAAGAUUGGAAAAUGAUUCAAAAAUUGUUACCUCAUCGGUUAUCACUUUCGAUUAAGGAACAUGUUAGAUCCGGUUCUUUGGUCGACCCGUAUUAUAAUAACGGUUUCUGGCAAGUUAAUGAAACUAUGAGAUUAGUUAAAGCUAUUGGUUUAUAUGGUAAAAAUUGGCGAAAGGUUUCAGACUUUGUUGAAACUAGAUCUCCUAAACAAUGUAGUGGCCAUUUUAGAGAUUGUUUUUUAAGAAAAGGUCUGGAACCUUAUAUUUUAAUUUCGGAGCAAAAAAAUAUUUCCUGA